AUGGCGGGCCCCCGCCACUGCAGGCGGCGGCGGCGGCGGCGCCACGCGGCCGUCCAUGCUGCCGCGCUGCUGCUGGGAGUGGCCGCUCGGGGUGUGGAAGCCGCCCCGGCCGAGGACAGCGCCGUGCUCCUCAGAUUCGGCAACGUGACGAACAACAACCUGGCGGGGAAGGGGCCGGAGUCCGAGAAGAAACGGGGCAUCAUCUGGUCCGAUGCGGCACGCCUGGGAGACGAAGUCAUAGACGUGAUCGCCUUCGUGAGCGGCGACCCGGGGCUGUACACCUCCGCGCAGGCGUCCCGAAACGGGCACCGCGGUGAUUUCGGGGUCGUCAACCUGGCCGCGGGCAGUACGGCCGACCUCACGUUCAGAAUGUUUGACGAUGCUACCACGAAGUUUGUGCAGGACGCGGAGUUGUACCUGACGAUCCACGACAUCGACUCGCUGUCCAGCGGGCAGAAGGAGGUAGUCACGGUCUCCGGUUUCCAGUCGUACUGCAGCUCCGACGAUUCCGAGGUGGAGUUCUCGCAGAGCGGAGACGGCGUGCAGCUGACCUCAAGCUCUGGCGGCACGGAUGACAACGACCCUGCCUCUCCUUUCGACAUGACGCCAGAGCAGCAGAGGCGCUCGGUCACGUUCACGCUCGGGAAGGUGGCACAGUUUCCGGUGCGCUUCGAGAUCCCUGGGUCAAAGAGCGACGAGGGCAGGGAUUUCCUAUUCUCUGGCGUGCCCAUGGAGUGCGCCGUGAAGAAGAGGUGGAGGUGCGAGGACGACGUGGCACUAGCUGGGACGUGGCCGAAGGUGCAACAGGAGUGGUGCUGCAGGGCCAAGCAGCUCGGGUGCAACGUCUCCGCAGACGAAGUCUCCGCGUCUGACAACGAAUUCGACUGCAAUUCCGAACCUCGCACGUGGUCCCAAGGGGAGCAGGAGUGGUGCUGCACACACCAGAAGAAGGGGUGCAAUGUGCAGGUCGACCCGUACGACUGCGAGGAGGGGCUCUGGAACUGGAAGCACGAGUGGGCGGACGAAAAGCAGAGCUGGUGCUGUGAGCACGGGGGCGUCGGGUGCCUCGAGGAGGAGACGAAGAGCCCUCCGCCCGAGACCUACGACUGCCAGCCUGGCAACAUCAACCCCGUGAGGAGGUGGUCGGAGCAGAAGAGGCAGUGGUGCUGCGAGCACGUGGGGCACGGCUGCCUGGCCGCGGACCCGAAGGCGCUGGAGGGCCUGCCGCCUGUGACCCACUGCGAGGGGCGCGAGACGCACUGGGUCGAGUGCGAGAGCCAGCCCACGUGCCCGAGCUGCGCUCCACAGGACUGCAUCUUCUCGGAGUGGGACGAGUGGACCGUGGGCGAGGGCUGCACCGGCCUCUGUGAGCGGCGGCGGACCAUCAUGCGCGCGAGCAACGAGUGCGGCAAGCCCUGCGAGGGCACGAGGGUGCAGACCGCUGCUCGUGACGAGACUGCUACACUCAGGAGUGCGGGGACCGUGUGUCCAAGGACUGUCAGUGGGGCGUGUGGGACGACUGGAGCGAGUGCGCGACAGAGGUCGCCCAGUCCUACCGGAAGCGCGUCAUCGCCAUCCCGCCGAGCGCGAGCGGCAUCGCGUGCGAGGGCGAGUGGAACCAGACCCGGGCGUGUGGGGACAACUCCCGCGCAGCCGACUGCGAGCUGUCCGAGUGGGGCAACUGGACGGAGUGUACCCGGUCCUGCGGUGGCGGCUGGAGGGCCCAGAUGCGCCACAUCGACAAGCGCGCCGGCCACGGCGGCAAGCCUUGCACCGGCGUGGUGA